UUUUGUAUGGAUAAAUAAUUUUUUUUUGAUGUUUUUAUGCUAAUUCUCUAACACUCUAAACGAGAAAGAAGAAGUUCCUUAGUGCGGAGGGAGACGAAGACGAUUCACUUAUUUCCCGCCACUUCCCCCAUUGCCUUCCUUCCCCAAAACUCCUCCUUUGGUGAGCUAACAUGUUGUGGGUCGACAAGUACAGGCCGAGAUCGCUAGAUAAGGUCAUCGUCCAUGAGGAGAUCGCCCAAAAUCUCAAGAAAUUGGUAACGGAGCAAGAUUGUCCGCAUCUGCUGUUCUAUGGACCGUCUGGUUCGGGUAAGAAAACCCUAAUCAUGGCGCUUCUCAAGCAGAUAUAUGGUGCCAGCGCUGAGAAGGUGAAAGUGGAGAACAGGGCUUGGAAAGUCGAUGCUGGGAGUAGAACUAUUGAUCUGGAGCUCACUACGUUAUCAAGCACAAAUCAUGUGGAGCUUACUCCAAGUGAUGCAGGCUUUCAGGACAGAUACAUCGUUCAAGAGAUCAUUAAAGAGAUGGCCAAGAACAGACCUAUUGACACCAAGGGAAAGAAGGGAUAUAAGGUGUUGGUACUAAAUGAAGUUGACAAGCUCUCACGAGAAGCUCAGCAUUCUCUGCGGAGAACAAUGGAGAAAUAUAGCUCAUCAUGCCGUCUCAUCUUAUGCUGUAACAGUUCUUCGAAGGUUACAGAAGCCAUUAAGUCUCGUUGUCUCAAUGUGAGGAUAAAUGCACCUUCGCACGAUGAGAUAGUGAAAGUGUUGGAGUUCGUUGCAAAGAAAGAAACUCUGCAGCUACCACACGGUUUUGCUGCUCGUAUUGCCGAAAAAUCGAACCGCAGUCUUAGAAGAGCUAUUCUGUCGCUUGAGACCUGUCGUGUCCAAAACUAUCCGUUCACAGAUAACCAAGUGAUAUCACCCAUGGAUUGGGAAGAGUAUGUUGCUGAAAUAUCAACUGACAUGUUGAGGGAACAGAGCCCUAAAAGUUUGUUUCAGGUGCGUGGGAAGGUGUACGAGCUGCUAGUUAACUGCAUUCCACCAGAAGUCAUACUGAAGAAACUUCUUCAUGAACUGCUGAAGAAACUUGACUCAGAGCUGAAGCUUGAAGUCUGCCACUGGGCUGCAUAUUAUGAACAUCGGAUGAGACUAGGUCAGAAAGCCAUAUUUCACAUAGAAGCAUUUGUGGCCAAAUUCAUGAGCAUAUACAAAAACUUCCUCAUUUCAACAUUUGGGUAGAGAAGGAUGGCUGUUUUGAAAAGAGGACAAGCUUGUACUACUGUUUCUUUUUAAUGCAAUGGCCCGAUGUUCUGAAACUAUGGUUGUUCAGUGAGUUUUUGUAACCUUGAUUUUUUUUUUUACCUCAACGUCUGAAUUUUAACCGUCUUGUUUUCAGUAACCAUGGAAGCCGUUUGGUUCAUCAAUGUCAAAAUGAGACUUCUAAAAGUAAUGGUUUUUUAUUUAUAAACAGUGACA